AUGAAACAUUCAUCAAUUGAAUUGAAUGAUUUAUCUGAUGAAAUUCUUCUAAUUAUUUUCACAAAAUUAGAAAAACAUCAUAUACUUCAUUCUUUCGUUGGUGUUAAUCAACGACUGACUAAAAUUGCACAUGAUUCUAUAUUUACUAGUCAUCUAACAUUAUUCGAGCACGUAUCUCAUACGAGUAUUUCUCGAUUAUCUGAUUCAAUUCUUGAUCGAUUUUGUUCUCAAAUUUUACCUGCAAUUAGUUAUAAAAUCAAUUGGCUAAAUAUUGAAGUAUCAUCAAUAGAACGUAUCUUACUUCCUCGAAAUUAUCCGAAUUUAUUUGGUCUUGGUAUAUAUAAUAUUGAAAGUGACGAUGAUAUACGUUUCUUGAAAGAAAAUAUUUUUAUGCAAAGAUUUAAAAAUCAAAUCUCAUCGCUUGUGAUUAAAUCUGUUGAUAAAAAUGAUACAUUCAAGAAAGUUAAUACACAUUUGUUCGCGUAUAUUCUUAAUACUUUAAGCCACUUACGAUAUUUCAAGUUUGAUUCAUUACUUUUCUAUGAUCAACGAAUGGCAUUCGUAUAUACACCACCAUCUAUGUUUUCUUCAACUUUAUUACAAUUGCAUGUCAAAGUUGAUUCUUUUACUGAUUGCCUUUACUUACUUGAUGAUCGUUUCGAUCAACUUCGAACUUUUUAUGUUGAUGUACAAUAUGGAUUUGUACGGCCAGGCUUAAAGAUAAACCAAAAUAAAUUACACAAUUUACGAUGUUUUUCGUUAUAUUGUUUUUCGACAAUGCAUUCGUAUGAUAGAACAAUUAUACCACUGUUACAACGAAUGUCAAAUUUAGAGCAACUUCAUUUAUAUUUAUUGAUCAAUAAACAAGCCAGAUUUGUUGAUGGUAAUGAUAUAAAAAUGAAUAUCACUGAUUAUAUGCCACAAUUAAAUAAACUUCAUUUAAAUAUUUGUUCAAGUAUAUUGUUAAAUGAUCAAAUUUAUUUACCAUCGCUUGAAGAUAUUCAACAUUCAUUCGAACAUUUUCCAGAUAUUCAAAUUAGCUCUUGUAUUAAUUAUUUUUCUGAAGAAGGAAAAGGUCACUGCCAUAUUUAUUCAUACCCAUUUACAAUCCGAAUAUAUCCAAAUAUUGCGAACAAUUUUCCAGGUGGUUUAUUUACAUGUGUCAGUGAAAUAUCAUUAUUUGACGAACACCCUUUUGAACAUGAAUUUUUUGUUCGCAUCUCUCAAUCAUUUUCCCUUUUGAAACAAUUAACUAUUCAGAAUGGAAAACCACAAUGUGGAAAAUCAAAAAAUACUCGUAAAAAUUUAUUAAUUAUUCAAUAUCCUCAUCUACAAAGUCUCCGCUUUGUAACAACUCAUGAUGAUUAUAUUGAACAAUUUCUAAUUGACACCAGAACAUAUUUACCAUCUAAUGUUACUCUUUCAAUUGAUUAUAAAUCUUUAAGAAGAGUGACGCACAAAUUUACACGUAAAGCAACACGACUGAAUUGUGGAAAAAUGCGAUUUAUAUGCUUGGAGAAAAUUCGUCACCUUCCAAAAAAUUUCAAAAAUUAUUUUUUCGAGAUAUGUAUGUGUAGACCAUAA